AUGCCAUCCAAUUUUUCAGAAUCCGAGCCUUAUAAAACAGCGUAUAAAUUCUGGUUCCGCAACCUGCUCACUGUGGCUCUUCCCUUCAUAAUGUGCUUUUACCUGAAUUUUGCAAUUAUGCAUCGUCUCCGUAUCCAACACCUCGGAGCUAAGCUCUUCCGCUUCGCCACGUCAGAACACCGUCAAAAUAUUCGAGCAGCCACGUUGAUGUUGGUAGCUGUCACAUGCUCCUAUCUGGCAUCCAACCUACUGAAUGUGAUCGUUUACACUUGGGAAUUGGUGGAUAAAGAAUCGCUGUUAUCUGAAAACAUCCGUCCAUUGUACACCUUAUCUUCGGACUUGGUAUCUCUGCUUACGGUAGUUGCCAGCGCUUGUCGACUUCCGAUUUAUCUGGUGUGCAAUGCGAGAAUCAGAUGUGAGGUGUUGGAUUAUGUGGACACUUGUGUGUUGACACACUUGAAUAUCAAACCGUAUACGGGUCUCGGCAGUAAACGAUGCCGAGCAACUACAGUACGCUAUUGUGACACUGGCAGCGGUUACAUGAUCUACGAUGCGCCCAACAAGAGAGGCGAGCGAAGGGUGCGAUCAGUGGGUACUGGGCUGGAUCGUGUGGUGCUGUCAGUGGCUAUGGGAAAUAUAAAAGCGUCACAGAGCAGUGCUCAUUUGACUGUUCCACUUAAUAGUAGUGUUAUGAUUAUUCAGGAGGAAUAA